UUUUAACGCCCCGGGGCGUUAAACACCGCCCCCUGGCGGCGUUACCCGGGCGUCACUAGCCAUGCGUCAAACGAAUGAUGCUGCGUCAUUCCUCUCCCUCCCCCCCCUUAACGACUAUAAUAGCCGUUCUUAUAAAUUCAAACCCCCCUCCCAAUCUCUCACACCUUCUCCAUCUUCAAUCUUCUUCUUCCCAAAUUUUAAAUUUCGAAAUCACCCCCUCUCUUUUCAACAUGAAUCCUUCCGGCACCGGCUUCUUUCCCGACAAUCUCCCGCCAAGCGACGCCGCGAUGUGGUAUUACUGGGGCGAUCAACUGCCGAUCUACGAGACGCAACGAUCGGGGUACGUCGAGCGAGAUUCAAUUCUGGAGACUCAACCGGAACCGACCAGGUCAAGAAAAAGUACACGCCGGAAAAGCCACAAAGCCAAAGGCACGAUGACCGAGGCGGCACGGUCAAUCCAAAAGUGGACGCCGGAGGAGGAGUGCUUAUUGGCGUCGGCUUGGGUUGACGUCUCCGAGCAUCAUAUCAUUGAUUCGGAGCAAACGAAGGAUGCGAUGUGGGAUCGUAUCGAGGAGAAGUUCUUCACGGCGAUGAACAAGGACGGCUCCUACCGAACCCGGGACCAACUCACUUCCAAAUGGAGCCACAUCAACCGUAAAGUCCGAAAGUUUAUCGGAGUUUACGAGGAAUGCUCCCGGUCCCAGAGGAGCGGGACGAACGACGCCGAUGUUCUCCGGCUUGCCACAGCCCGGUAUCAAGAUGACGGGCACCAAGGCAAGGUGCCAAUAGAUCUUUGGAGGAUUUUGAGUCGUUCCCCGAAGUGGCAACAACUCAACAAUCCCAACGGCGGAUCGUUCUGGAAAAAAUCCUCCGUCGACGCCGAGGUUGAGGUCGACGAGACUAUCAGUUCGACCGAUCAAAUCCUUCCCUUCAACGUUGUGGAUUCCGAUGAUGAGGACCCCAUUCCACCGCCGAUCGGAAGAAAGAAGACAAAAUCCAUUGCCUCGGGUUCGGGAGGGUCCGGCUCUGUUUCCGCGACGAAAUCGGCCGGGAAAUGGUUGAACAACUUCGGGCGUUCAAUCUCCGAGAACAAGAGAGGUUGAAGCUAAAGGAGAAAGAGUUGAAGCUAAAGGAGUAGGAGGCCGAGAUGAAAGUCAUAUAAACCGACCCCGGGACGUUGUCGGAGAUUGGACGAAUGCUCUACGAGCAAAGAAUAGAAGAGAUCAAGGAGAAAUAUAAUUUUCCUUAGUUUUAUUAUUAACGUAUCUUUUUUUAUUAUUGUCGCUUUUUUUAUUUAAUGAAUGUAUUUUCUUAUU